CUUUGGGAGUAGGGCCUGGAAUAGUGCUGUGUAACGCUCCGAGUUUAGGGUUUGAGGCCGAGCCUGAAUUGUUGUGAUCAUGCCAGAUUACCUGGGAACCGAUCAACGUAAAGCUAAGGAAGAAAAAGAAGAAGAAAAGCCCAUUCGAGCAUUAGAUGAAGGGGAUAUUGCCCUCCUGAAGACUUAUGGUCAGAGUACAUAUUCCAGGCAAAUCAAACAAGUAGAGGAUGACAUCCAGCAGCUUCUCAAGAAAAUUAAUGAGCUGACCGGUAUCAAGGAGUCUGAUACUGGUCUGGCUCCUCCAGCACUAUGGGAUUUGGCAGCUGACAAACAAACCCUGCAAAGUGAGCAGCCGUUGCAGGUUGCAAGAUGUACAAAGAUCAUUAAUGCAGAUUCAGAAGAUCCUAAGUACAUAAUUAACGUGAAGCAAUUUGCAAAAUUUGUAGUUGAUUUAAGUGACCAGGUGGCUCCUACUGACAUUGAGGAAGGAAUGAGAGUUGGUGUGGAUCGAAACAAGUAUCAAAUCCAUAUUCCAUUGCCUCCAAAGAUUGAUCCCACAGUUACCAUGAUGCAAGUGGAAGAGAAGCCAGAUGUGACAUACAGUGAUGUUGGUGGCUGUAAAGAACAGAUUGAGAAAUUGAGGGAGGUAGUGGAAACUCCUUUGCUGCAUCCAGAACGUUUUGUGAACCUUGGUAUUGAACCACCAAAGGGAGUGCUGCUCUUCGGACCACCAGGAACAGGGAAAACACUCUGUGCACGAGCUGUGGCAAACAGGACAGAUGCCUGCUUCAUAAGAGUGAUUGGAUCUGAACUGGUACAAAAGUAUGUGGGAGAGGGUGCUCGGAUGGUCCGUGAACUUUUUGAGAUGGCCAGAACAAAGAAGGCUUGUCUAAUAUUCUUUGAUGAGAUUGAUGCAAUUGGAGGUGCUCGUUUUGAUGAUGGUGCUGGUGGUGACAAUGAAGUUCAGCGUACAAUGCUGGAGCUUAUUAACCAACUUGAUGGAUUUGACCCCAGAGGCAACAUUAAAGUACUGAUGGCCACAAACAGACCUGAUACAUUAGAUCCAGCUCUGAUGAGACCUGGACGACUAGACCGUAAAAUUGAAUUCAGUUUACCGGAUCUUGAGGGCCGAACUCAUAUUUUCAAAAUCCAUGCACGUUCCAUGAGUGUGGAGAGAGACAUAAGAUUUGAAUUGCUUGCUCGACUGUGUCCUAACAGUACAGGAGCUGAGAUCCGUAGUGUUUGUACAGAAGCUGGGAUGUUUGCUAUUCGAGCACGUCGAAAAAUUGCUACGGAGAAAGAUUUUUUGGAAGCUGUGAAUAAAGUUAUCAAGUCUUAUGCCAAGUUCAGUGCUACUCCACGCUACAUGACCUACAAUUAAUUUUCUGCAUGAUUGUAAUAUUUGAAUUCUGUAACCCCAUUGUACUUGAAUAGCUGUAACAGGUGGAAUUAUGUUUCAGACAACUGUGUUGCUCCAGUUAUGAUACAAAUAAAAAACAUUCAAUGUG